AAACGCGAUUUGAUGCGUAUUUUCUCCAUCGAUCCGGCCACACUUGUACGCUACUUGAUUCGAUUGGAACAGAACUAUCAUCCUGAUGUGCCUUAUCACAACUCCCUGCAUGCGACGGAUGUUAUACAGACUUCACACUAUCUGCUCCAGGCUGAACCGUUAGAGGAUGUAUUUAGUGAUUUGGAAAUCCUGGCUGUUUUAUUCGCCUCAGCCGUACACGAUGUGGACCAUCCGGGAUUAACCAAUCAAUUUCUGAUCAAUACCGGUCACGAUUUGGCACUGCAGUACAAUGAUACUUCCGUGCUGGAGAAUCAUCACUUGUACGUAGCUUUCAAACUGCUCAAUGAACCCGAGUGUGAUGUAUUCGCUGCUCUAACGGCCAAAAAGCGACAAACUCUACGUCGGAUGGUGAUUGAAUUGGUUCUCGCCACUGAUAUGUCCAAACACAUGAGCCUGUUGGCAGAUCUUCGGACGAUGGUAGAAACGAAAAAAGUGUCCGGUUCCGGUGUACUCAAUUUGGAUAAUUAUUCGGACCGAAUUCAGAUUCUGCAAAAUAUGAUUCAUUGUGCCGAUCUCAGCAAUCCAGCCAAACCGCUCCGACUCAAUCGAAAAUGGACCGGUCGACUGAUGGAAGAAUUUUUCCGUCAAGGUGACAAGGAACGUACACUGAAAAUUGAAAUCAGCCCAAUGUGUGAUCGGGAAUCUGUGGCCGUAGAAAAAUCCCAGGUUUCAUUUAUUGAUUUCGUCGCACAUCCUUUAUUGGAAUCCUGGUGUGAUCUGGUUCACCCAUCUGCUCAACUGAUUCUAGACACAUUGGCAGACAAUAGAGACUGGUACGAAUCGCAAGCGGAGAAUGCACGAGCUUCCGGUUCGACCAAAGGUAGACCAAAGCUGGCAACAGCGGAGGAAAACGAUGAGGAACAGGCGAAUGCCUCCUAA